AUGAAGGUCGAGUUGUUCGAUACAGAUUCGGGCUCGUUUAUGAAAUACGGCUACAUCGUGAUGCGCGAGCCGGACUACUGGCUCGACUGCUCCGGGGAAUAUCUAGACUGGCUUGAAGAGUUUAAAAGGCGCGCCCGCGAAGCCGGCUUACUGGAGUACUUCAGCGAGAACAUCGCCCGUCCCACGAAAGAGGGCGCUCAGCAGACCGAAUUUGACCAGAAGCAAGCCGCCGUGAACAACUUCAUCCUCAAGAUGUUGCAGCUGCCGGAUUGGGACGAUAGCACCAAGGAGAGUUGGCAAGAUGACCUGAGAAACACUCAGGAAUUCGACAAGACCCCGACUUCGAUCCUACUUGAGCGCAUCAAGGAAUCUCUUGACGUCGACGAAUCUAUCCGGGACUUUGUGAUGGCAAACAAGCGACCUCUCGGCCGCCAGUACGCAGCUGGGGAGCUCAAUCAUGAAUGGGACAACAUCAAGAUGGUUUCAGCUCACACACCUGACCACGUUUACCAUUUCGGGGCUUGGAGACUUGCCUGCGACCUCGACCUCCCCAAGGUCCAGGGCCUUUACGCUGAAUCGCUUCCCGGAAUGCCCUCAAUUGAAGCUGUGAAGAAGGCCCUGGAGGACGACCGCUGA